AUGGAUUCUGUCGACGAAUUUAAACUGAUAGCGGCGAUUUUUAUCUUGUUGCUUGCGCUCUUGGGUGGCAUGGCACCGCUACUUAGCAGCCAACGUGUUAGUAAACGUGUUAGUAGUGUGUUUAAUAUGAUCGCAGCUGGUAUUUUUCUUGCUAGUUCGUGUAUGCACUUGCUGCCGGAUGCACAGAACAAUGCGGCGCUUACGGACUGGGGCUGUGAACACACGGCAGAAGUCUUUCUUGCUGUAAGGACACGCUACAAUGGCGACCAUAAACGCUGUUUCAAAUGGGCCAACUUCUUCUACGGCUGCGGCUUUCUUGUGGUACUACUUAUUGACGUGUUGGCGCACACAAUGCAACGGUACUACAGUAAAGAGCAGCGCCGUGCUCAUGGUGGAGACCACGAGCGCGACGCACUGCUAUCAAUUGAAGUCACACAUGCGGCACAGGUGGACAACAUGGUCAAGAAUACUGGACACUGUCAUGGCCAUUUGCACGAUCUGGUCGAGAAAGGAGACUAUGGUACUCAAGGAGAAAGCGUUGAACUCCACGCUGACGACGGCAAAGAGGAGCCUCACUCACACAUUCAUGGCAUCGUGAAAGGCAACUCCAUUUUGGCACUCGUCGUCUUCACCGCUUUGUCGUUUCACUCUGUUAUGGAAGGCAUGGGCAUGGGAGCCUCAAGCGCCCCAGCCUGGGAUAUUCUAAUUGCUAUCUUGGCACACAAAUCACUGGCGGCCUUCGCACUAGCGCUCGAGUUCCUCCACCACAACGUGUCACGAAAGCAACUGCUAUCCUCGAUAGUAGUCUUUUCCAUCAUGACACCCAUGGGCAUCCUAUUCGGUCGAUUGCUGGUAGAUUCUAAUCAUGCAACGCCUGCAGCUGGUGUGUGUGCCGCGUUUGCCGGUGGCACUUUCCUGUUCGUUGCCAUCAUGGAAAUCAUUCCACAAGAAUUACAGGAUCCACGGUAUCAAAUUGAAAAGUGUUCUGCUUUACUCGCCGGAUACGGUGCCAUGGGCGUGCUUUCGCUCUGGACAUAA